AUGCAGCGCGGGUCCCGCGGGGGUAGCUGGGUCCGCCCGCUGGGCGGAGGAGCCGGGUGCGGGAAGCGGCCUCACCCGGACAAAGGCCGUCCCAGAGGCGUCCGCGGGCGCGCGCUGCCCCCUGGCGGUCUGGAGCCGGGAGCUUCACGCUCACGGCGCCAGCAGGCUUGGUUCCCUCUGGGGCCUCGCAGCAUGCCUUGCAGAAGCGGUCCUCAGCUUCCUGCGCUGAGGCCUGAGGAGCGGCCGAGGGACGUCAGCGUGGACUCCCCGCAGCGCUUCCUCGCCCAGACCCGCGCGGUGCCCUCCCUGCAGAGGGAGCCCGUCAGGCUGCUCCUGCCCGGGCUUGUGGACCAGAAAGCCCGGCUCGGAAACGGGAUGUGGCCGCCUGCCUGUGACCCUCUGAGCUGGCCUCUCUGGGUGGGCGGCACGGGACGCUCAGGUUGGCCGUCCCCGUACAUCAGUUCUGGGGGCACAGCCGGAGCCCUCUGUGUCCAGAGGGAAGAUGCCUCCUCUUCUGAGCCGGCUCCGGGCAGCCAGGUAGACGUGGAACAUGUGCCCGAGACUCCAGAGUCACCAGCAAACGGAAAUCCUGCUGUGACUGCCCACCAGCCUUCCUUCUGGAUCAGCCGUCUCCUGUGCCUCCUGGCACCUGUGUAUCUUAGACCUUCAACUGAUUGGACGAGGCCCGCCCUCAAGGAGGAGGACAAUCUGCCUGACUCAGCCUACUGA